AUGGGAUUCAUUAAAACAGAACCGCCAUUUUUGACAGACGAACAAGGCUGGGAGCUUCUCCGAAAGAAAGCAUUUCUAGACGAUUCAACAACCAACAUGUCGGAAUUUGAAGGAUUAGGAAAACAGAUGGUGAGAAAAUGUGAAGGACUACCUCUAGCAAUUACAACUCUCGGAGGUUUAUUAGCUUAUAAGUCGCUUAAAGAAUGGAGGAUUGUCGAAAAAGAUGUCACUGCCCAAUUCAACAAAUUGCAGGAGCGUAGAGGCUACGCUGGAGUGCGAUGGAUAUUAGCUUUGAGUUAUCAGAAUUUGCCUUUCAGGCUAAAACCAUGUUUUCUCUAUCUUUCCCAAUUUCCAGAGGACUUCGAGAUUCGCAAGAAAAGACUAAUUCGAAUGUGGAUCGCCGAAGGGUUUAUACCAUCAAAAGGAGAAGGAGACGAGACGAUGGAAGAUGUCGGUGAGCUAUACUUAGAAGAGCUUGCAAACAGAUGCAUGAUUCAAGUGAGUAAAAGAAACCACACGACAUUUGGAAUCAAAACUUUCCGGAUACAUGAUCUUAUGCGGGACAUGUGUUUGUUCAAAGCACAAGAAGAGAAGUUUCUUGCAGUCAUUGAGCAUCAAAAGAAAAAACCAGCAGCAGAUACUAUGAGUGCUCAUUCAAUUCUGAACACGACCCGCAGGAUUGCAUAUCAUGAUGAGCAGUGUCAAUCCCUCCAUUACUGCGGUCCCUCUCUUCGUUCUCUUGUCUUUUUGAAGACAUAUUCUCGGUGUUCGCUAGGAGAGGAGGAUAUACUUUUCAUCUUCCGGAGAUUCAGAUUGCUGCGAGUUUUAAAUCUUGAUGGUAUAAUACUACAUUCGAUCUUUUUGCCAGAACAAAUUGGUAACUUAAUUCACUUGAGAUAUCUCGGAUUGGAGAAUAUCAUCGGUUUAAAAAAGAUAAGAUUGUGCAAGUACAUUGUUCCAACAUUGCCAGAAUCCAUUGGCAAUCUGAAAAGUUUGUACACACUUGAUUUAAGAGGUAUUACAGCAAAAUUUCCAGAUGUAUUGUGGAGAUUAGAAAAUCUGAGACACUUGUUGCUGGAGGAAAAUAUAAGUUGGAAGUUUCGAUUGGAUACAUUAUUGAACUUGGAGACUCUGAAGUGGGUGAAAUCAAAAAAUCUUAUCAGAAACGAUGCCAUGCUUAAAUUGACAAAUCUUAGACAUCUGGCGAUAGAAUUUCAGGAUGUGGAAUCUGAGGUGAUUCUAAAAUCUCCAAUUUUUGGAUCAGGCCGUCUUGAAUCGUUAAAGAUGAAGUCGGAAAAUUCUUUUCCGAACCUGGAAAGGAUCUCAGAUUCUCAUCGCCUGACGAAGCUAUUGUUAAACGGAUACAUAUCAGAAAAUCAAAGCCUGAAAUUCCUACCAGAAAGUCUUACCAAGUUAAUAUUGUUGAAUUCGCGAUUGCAACAAGAUCCUAUGAGUACUCUAGAGAAGCUGCCUAAUCUGAGGGAUUUACAGCUGUCUGAUGACUCGUACAGAGGGCGUGCAAUGGUAUGCUCCGCCCAUUGUUUCCGAAAACUUGAAAAUCUUUCGCUUGAAAGGUUAUGGAAUGUAGAAGAAUGGAAGAUACAAGAAAGUGCAAUGCCAUGUGUCAAGAGUCUAAAGAUAUUCCAUCUAGAGAGUAUGAGAAUGAUUCCUGAUGGGCUGAGAUUUGUCAGUAGCCUCCAGGAAUUGCAAGUCAUAGAUGACAGAGAAGAAUUUCUAAGAAGGGUUCGAGUCGGAGGACAGGACUCCUACAAGACCAGCCACAUACCAAAUGUCUCAAUAAAAGCUCCAUUUAGAUGAAAAUUCAUUGGAAGCAAUUUUCACCAUUUGUUUUCAUCCAAUUUCCAAGGUUUCAUGUUCGUACAACAAUUUUUAUAAUAUUAGAUUUCUUUUGUUUCUUUUGUUGAUGACUUUCUCCAAUAACAGAAAUUAUGAUACUUAGAAUCUCUAAGAACAGAUGUUUCUUAUAUGUAAGAGUGUAAUCAAGUCAACUCGCGAGCUAUUCUGAAUUGACUCAAAAAAUAUUUGAAUUGAUUCGAUGUUUAUCAAACCGAACUCCAAUUAUUCUACCGAGUUUAAGUUAAA